AUGGACCGCCUCGGCGAGGCUGUGCGUACAUCAUACCGCACCGCUUUUUUAGACGCCUUGAACGAGGGACGUGCCAAGCCGCUGAUAAUUCCAUACAGCAUCUUGGGCGCGCCUGUUAUUCCUACAUUAUGGCUGACAAUCCCCCAUACUUCGAGGCCAUGGUUGUAUCAGACGAGGUGGCUGGUCAUGGCAUUUGUCACUUGCUUCAAUGUCCAUGUCACGCGAACCGCUUCGAGUACCAAUUUUGCCUGUGCACGGCCGCAGUUCGAAGCGGCGAGGGUCAUAAAGGUUGAGGCGGGUGCGAAGAAGGCUGGGAAAAGUGAGAAUGGGGACUGGAAGACGGUCACUGAGAUUGUCCAUGAGGAUGUGCUACGGCAACGGAAGCACAACAUGGAUGCAGUCUUGCACGACAAGAGGGACGAGGCCAACAAUGAAAAUGAAUAUAUGUGGCAGACGUUUCCUGAGAAGGGCACAUUUUUGGACCGUCUGGGCUGGGCGCUGGACCUUUCACUCAGUUUCCGUGGUGCAGGUUGGAACUACUCCAUCGCAUCCAUCCCACGACCGCACAUCCCCAGGCCCAUUCAGCCCGACUCGCCCGUAAUUACUGCCAGCAUCACUGCCAAAACCGCCAGCGGCUACACCGUCCCCCUUAGUGAAACCGAGCUCCUUGCCAGCCGUCUCACUGGGAUCGCAUCGUGCUACCUCAUACUCGAUUUCCUCUCGGUGCAGAUGAUGAAGGACCCCUACUUCAUACUGGGGCCGCACAUGUCUCAACCCCAGUCACACCUCAUCCUCGUUUACAGAGAAUGCAUGUCCAUGGUGGGGAUAUGGGCUGCCAUCAACGCCCUGUUCAGCCUAAGUGACUUGGCUCAAUACUACUUUCUGAAGACAUUCUUCCCUUCCCGCGCCGCCCUCUGGCACUACGCAUCGACCUUUGGUUCCUUGGCAGAGAUAUUCAACCGUGGACUGGCUGGAUGGUGGGGUGCAUGGUGGCAUCAGACAUUCAGGUUGGAAUUUCUUGGUCCAUCCACAUAUCUCCUCCAAAAUGGAUACAUCAAGCGGGACUCGAAGGUCGCCGAUGCGGUUGGCUUGUUCUCGUCCUUCUUCCAGUCGGGACUCAUGCACGCGGCGGGGAGUGUCUCCUCGAUUCCUGACACCAAACCUUGGCGGCCAAUUGUGUUUUUCCUGCUGCAAAGUGUGGGCAUCGCCUUGCAGCAGCGACUGGCGCUCUUUUUGCGAAGCGGCCUGGGCACUGCGCCAAGAAUCAUCAGACAGCUGGGCAACGUGCUGUUCUGCCUGGCGUGGCUUUACAUGACCGCCCCCUUUUUCAUUGAUGACAUGGCAUCUACCGGGCUGUGGAUGUUGGAGCCCGUUCCCAUUUCACCCCUGCGAUGCAUGGGAUUCGGGCAUCCAGCGGACCGCUGCUGGCGGUGGGAUCGGCAUCAUCUGCCGAAAUGGUACAAAGCCAAGCACUGGUGGGAAAUUGGAAUCGCUUUAUAG